GGCAACAGAGCGAGACUCCGUCUCAAAAAAAAAAAAACAGACUGAUGGGAUAGUAUAGGGAAAGCCUCUCUGAGGAGGUGACAUCUCUUCUGAGACCCAAACAUAAUGGACUGGCCAAAGGGUGGUCUGAAAGUAGAGUGCUUCAAGCAGGGAAAAUAGCAAGAGCAGAGUGAGGCAAGUUCAAAGAACAGAAAUGAUGUAACCCUCUUAAAUCCUAAGCUCCUAGAAUAGUAAUGCAUUGCUUGCAUUGUUCAGGUUAGGGAUUUGCAUGUGAUAUUGUUUCUUGGUGAUGUGGGAUAUGUGCUUCUUAAUGGAAAUAAUCUGGGAAGUGUGGAGUCUUUCUGGAGCCUGGGAUAUGGCUCUGUCUCACUUGCUUUCCACAGUUCUGGUAGCUCAGCUGGCUCCCUGGGUAGAUGCAGGCUCCAUCUUAGCUGCAGACUCUACAAGAACACCGAGAGGCUGCCUCCGUCACUACUCAAAGCCUUGGAGCCCUAGAAACCCCUCCUAUCCCACCUAGCCUUCUUCCAAUCUGAUACCAGGGAGUCAGGGCUUUGAGAGCACAAGAUUCAGCUUCCUUGUUUUCCUGUCAGAGCAGAAGUCAGAAAAUGAAACAGGAAACAGAGCGGAAGAGGAGGGGGUUGGGUAGCAGAGAAGGAAAGGAGAAAUUGCAGGAAAGUACAGCUGAAAAUCUGGAUAAAGUUCUACCUCUGAAGAGUGACAGCUGAGCUUUUAAAAAACAUUCUGACUUGUCUUGAGAGACCCCUGGCCUUUUUACAAAUAGAUUUUUGAGAGAAUUUGGUGUGGACAGAGGGAACCCUGAGAAUGCACCUCUCUUUCCCCUUGUGAAUUUACACAGCAAGGACAGUUCAUGUCUCAGUUUUGUCUUUGCAAAGAGAGUGCUGCUUGGAGCCUCAUGGUGGACUUCUAGAGAUUCAAGUCACAGCCUUAGGCUCCAGUCACAAGUGUGCCCCCAGGCUUUGCCAUGUCACUCACUGGAGCUGAGAACAAGUGCGUGGCACUGAAAAACCUGGGGGAAGGGCCAUGAAACUCCAUUUUUUCCCCCUUCUCCAACACACAACGACUAAAUGUGAUUUGCAUUUUCUCCACCUUGCACACAACAAAUAUCUGAAGGCAAUUUAGGUCUCAAGGCCUGAAAUGAGUUAUAAAGAGUCAAGAGAUACAGUCCCAGGCCCCCACAGACUGAUGUGGGCUGGUCUUCGCCUGGAGAGGUAGCAACCAUCUCUUUGUUCCCACCCACAUGAGGAGCUGUUGCAGAAGAUAAACCCCUCCCUGAGCCAGGCUGUGGCCAGAGGCUAACCCGGCCCCUGGCUUCGUUUGGAGAGCAGAUAACUGAAACCACAGAAGGCUUUGGAAUCCUGAGAAACAAGAAAUCCACCAACGGAGAAGGAUUUAUUAUCUGUUUCCUUUAAGGAGGGUGCAAAGUUGUUCUAACAGUUUCCGUUACAAGGGUACAAACAGGCCGCUCCCCCCAGUAGACGGUUUUGACUUCGCCUCUUCUUUUUUUUGGCCCCACUUCCUAUGAGAGAAACUGCUUGGGUGCGGGAGGUGAAAGGAGUCCUGGCCUGGGGGGUGUUCUCUGAGGUUUUCCUCGCCAUCCUCAUUAGCCACCUGAGGUGGGGCUGAGGACUGAAGUAGGACAGAAGGUCUCUGGUAGCUAAAGGAGGGGAAAAUCAGGGGGAUCCCCCACUUUCUUCACACCCAAAACGCAAGGUGCCACUGCCGGCCACAGAAACCCCAAGAAUGCUUUUCUUUGGCUAUUCAGAGGACAUCCCUUGUGUGCCAGGCCCUGUGCUGAGCUGUUGUUGCCUGACAGCAGGAAGAGCGCGGCUCUGGCUUCUAUGAAGAGGCUGCGGGUCAGCCCCCGACAACAAGAGCCUCGGCCCACAUCGGGAACUCAGUGAACGUCAGCGGGAAGGAACUGGGGCAAGAGCACUGACUGUGAGACAGCAGCCUCGGCUCACUAUUUGAAGGCGGGGUGGCGGGGGGCCUUGAAGAAGAGAGAAGUGCAAGAAAACUCUUCAGGAGUCACCAAGGUGGGAAGGUGCUACAAGGCGAAGCGCCGAGCGGCAGCCCCCACCCCGCUCGCCCGGAGUCAACAUGGCCGCCGCGGGGGGAGGCGGGGCUGCUCCAAGUCCGGGCAGGAGCGGGGCGGGGAAGCCGUCGGCGGAGCCAACGCGCAGGCGCGGGCCGCGUGGGCCCCGGAUGGAGAAGCUGAGCAAAGUGUGGACUAUACACAUCUGUAGUCGCUGAGGCUAGAGCUUGAUUCGAGAGAGGAAAGGAAGAAUGCAAGCAUGGUCAAGUGGCAGAGAGGCCUGAGAGAGCUUAAUCCUGGUAGCAACACCCCUGAAUUCCUGGUGGUGAGAGGAUGUGGCCCCAGGACCCAUCCCAGAAGGAGGUGCUGAGGUUUGCAGUCAGCUGCCGUAUCCUGACUCUGAUGCUGCAGGCCCUCUUCAAUGCCAUCAUCCCAGAUCACCACGCAGAAGCCUUCUCUCCUCCUCGCCUGGCCCCCUCAGGCUUUGUGGACCAACUUGUGGACGGUCUUCUGGGUGGCCUGUCUCGCUGGGAUGCUGAACACUUCUUGUUCAUUGCUGAGCAUGGCUACCUGUAUGAGCACAACUUCGCCUUCUUUCCUGGUUUCCCCUUGGCCCUGAUGGUGGGGACCGAACUGUUGCGACCCUUACGGGGGUUACUGAGUCUGCGCAGUUGCCUGCUGAUUUCAGUAGCAUCACUCAAUUUCUUGUUCUUCAUAUUGGCUGCAGUUGCACUUCAUGACCUGGGUUGUCUGGUUUUGCACUGUCCCCGCCAGGCCUUUUAUGCAGCUCUGCUCUUCUGUCUCAGCCCUGCCAAUGUCUUCCUGGCAGCUGGUUACUCAGAAGCUUUGUUUGCCCUCCUGACAUUCAGUGCCAUGGGGCAGCUGGAGAGGGGCCGAGUCUGGACUAGUGGACUCCUCUUUGCCAUUGCCACUGGGGUACGCUCCAACGGGCUGGUCAGUGUUGGCUUCCUCAUGCAUUCUCAGUGCCAAGGCUUUUUCUCUUCUCUUACGAUGCUGAAUCCCCUGAGACAGCUCUUUAAGCUGAUGGCCUCUCUGUUUCUGUCGGUGUUCACACUUGGCCUUCCCUUUGCCCUCUUUCAGUAUUAUGCCUACACCCAAUUCUGUCUGCCAGGCUCAGCCCGCCCCAUUCCUGAGCCCUUGGUACAGUUAGCUGUAGACAAGGGCUACCGGAUUGCAGAGGGAAAUGAACCGCCUUGGUGCUUCUGGGAUGUUCCACUAAUAUACAGCUAUAUCCAGGAUGUCUACUGGAAUGUUGGCUUUUUGAAAUACUACGAGCUCAGGCAGGUGCCCAAUUUUCUACUGGCUGCACCAGUGGCUAUACUGGUUGUCUGGGCAACUUGGACAUACGUGACCACCCACCCUUGGCUCUGCCUUACACUUGGGCUGCAAAGGAGCAAGAACAAUAAGACCCUAGAGAACCCCGAUCUUGGAUUCCUCAGUCCCCAGGUGUUUGUGUACCUCGUCCACGCUGCAGUGCUGCUGCUGUUUGGAGGUCUGUGCAUGCAUGUUCAGGUUCUCACCAGGUUUUUGGGCUCCUCCACGCCUAUUGUGUACUGGUUUCCAGCUCACUUGCUUCAGGAUCAAGAACCGCUGUUGAGAUCCUUAAAGACUGUGCCUUGGAAGCCUCUUGCAGAGGACUCCCCACCAGGACAGAAGGUCCCCAGAAAUCCUAUCAUGGGACUUUUGUAUCGCUGGAAAACCUGUUCUCCAGUCACACGAUGCAUUCUAGGCUACUUCCUGACUUACUGGCUCCUGGGACUACUCCUACAUUGCAACUUCCUGCCUUGGACAUGACCUGGACUCUCCAGGGACAGGCUGGAAGCCGACUUAACCCAGGGGUCUGAAAGUAAAAAUACACAUUGGAACUGCCUGUGCUGCCCUGGGAUCAUUACUGUGUCCAUUAUAAUCUUUCUCUUUCUCCUUGAAAGUUGGUCAGGAAUGGGAGAAGUGUCAGCUUCUGGUCCUGGCGAGGGCAAAUUUUAGAUAACUAUUUUCUCUGUAAGUGAAGAUUGUCUUAUUCCAGGUUUAAAGUACACCUGGAUCUAUCUAGUCAAUUAACAUAGCAGAGGCAGUCUUAAACCUACCAUUGACCUGUGUGUAAAUUUAAAUGUCAAUUUAUUGAAGUGUAAAUUUCAUCAAAGGCAUUAGCUGACAGGCUGGUAACAGUCCACACAAGAUGGUACAGGCCUGAACAGAGUAGUGGGAGUAGUAAAGUGGGACCAUUUUUUCCAAAUGGGGCAUUGUUUCUGAUGAAUUUUUUUAUGAUUUGUGCAUUUAUUUUUAUUUAUAUGAAAAAAAAUCUUACAAAGAUAUGCAAAUUAAACUUCUUUCAGUAA